GGGGGCCGUGAUCAGCUUACAAAUUUUCAAAUUGCGCGCAUUAUAAUUCCCAGAAGGAUCUAGUAGAACCAUCUCUGAUACGUCGCGCGGUUAAAUGCGUCGGUAUCCCCGCUUGAAUGGUCGUGACAGAGGGACAGCUGCGUUUCGGUGCGCGCCGCGUGUUUCCAAGCCUCUCGUUAUUGCGCUGCUGGUGACUGCUUGGUGGGUACGGGCACGAUGAACCGCCGUGCGCCGGGUACGCAAGAGUUUAUUCACCCUUCCUCCACGCUCGCGCGCUCUUGCAACUCUUGCACGCGUCGAGCAGCGACUAGAAACACGCUAGAAGAGAUGCGGACGGAGUACCCAUGGUAUAUAAACAUUUCGAGCGACAAUUGUGAUUGAGGCCGGUAGGGUUUUUUCGAGUCGUUUGAUUUGUCGGUUUAUUGCCCCCGUGGUAUUGUUUCUCUUUCUGUUUUGUUUCGGGCACACAGCGACCGACAAAAUGGUGUGCGCUGGCCGCGGCAGUCGAUCAUAACGGUAAUUGGGUAAUGCCGUCCGUGAACAAAGAACCUGUUUGUGGUUCUCUUCCCUGCAUAACAAUCUAACUGUAUACGGUUGCGCACCAUGAGCUGCAAAUUCAAAAUUCAACAAGUGCGCCGCUGAAACGACGCCGAAAACUUUCGUUUUCCGAUCUUUGUAUGCACGUACAUCUGCUUGGUUCAAUUCCCGGCGAGUGCAUGCAUGUGCGGUGAACGUACGCGGCCUGUAUCCUCGAGGUUGCUAACGCGCUAGAUGUAAAAAUGAUUCGUUCGAGCGAGGUGAAAGUAGGUUAAAGUAGGUAAAUGGGUCCUUCUACUCGCGUGGAUUUCUCUUCAAAUCGCGCUGCCAGCGCCUGCGUCCACCGGUACAGUUAGAUUUCUCUUCGCGCGGCGCUUUGUGCACCUCUCGCUUCCGCUGGCGGUAUGCGUUCUUCGGUGGAAGCGAGCAGGUAGAUGGCCGCAACGGUCGGCUGGUUUGGAGGUCACGUGGUGUGCGGCGUACCAUCAGGGGCCCCACUUUCCAAUCGCUACCUACCUUCUUGCGCCACACUACCUCGCUCAAUACCACUCCGUGGCAUGUACGCUCGCGACGCGCGUUCUUCCACUCUUCACGCGCUUUUCAUCCCCUCUGCGUGAUUUUCGGGGGUAUCCCCAAGGACGCGAGUGUCAAAAAAGGUGGCCGUGUGCCGUUCGCGCCCUCGGCGCCGCCAUCAGCUGUGAUUCGUUAGUGAUUUUAAUGCAUAACCAGAUAAGCGAAACCGAUAUGAAUUUCACGCCGUUUGGGGUGGGUGUGCCGAUCUCGGCGGUGCCGGUGGCGACGCAAUUCUCCGGCAAGCUGACGCAGAACGUCACCACCGCCAAUGGACAAGUGGUUGGUGUGCUACAAGGCGGCGAGAAUGGCGUCCACUAUAUUCGACCGCUGGAUGCGGCGUCGUUCGCGCCGGCUCAGCAACAGCAGCAGCCGACGCAAACCGUCAUCACGCUACCCAUUACAAUGCCGGGCGCCAAGCCCGGCGAUCCACAGCAGACCGUGCAGAUCCAGGUGGUUAAUCCGGUGCCGCCGAUAACGACGAUGACGGCGCCGGUCACCAGCUCAUCAUCGCCCAAGUACCAAAUAUCGCAGAUACCUAUUCAAACCUUCGGCCAGGGCGCCACUGUUUUAACGGUUGCCUACAACUCGAAUCAGGAGGGUAUACAAAUUGUUGACGGACAAAACAUUCCCGACGGCAUGACCGUGAUCGCUGCAUUGCAACCCGCCGACAUCCAAAUGCUGCAGCAGCAAGGCAUUGCCUCCACGGAGGAUUCAAAGAAAGAUAUUCAAAUGACGCCGGUUAGUAUUAUUAAGACGGAGGAGAAAGAAGAGCCGGAUACCAUCGAGGGCACCACUGUGACGACAAUACCCGCCAACUACAUCCAAACCACCACCAGCGUGCAGGAGUACCUGCAGCGCAUCCAGGCGCAAGGCCUCACGCAGUUCCUCAAGUUCAACGACAUCAAACGCGAGCAGAUCACCGAAGACGGCGUCAUUGAAACCGUCCAGGUUGUAGACCAGGAUGGUAUCCACACAGAGGAGUAUGUUAUGCAGGAGACUGAGGAACAACUGCCGGAACCGGAGGAAGUUGUCGAGGAGGAUGAUAAGAAGAAAAAGAAGAAGUACAAGAAGAAGCCGCCCAAGCCGAAGAAGCCCAAACCCGGCCAGGUGCAUAUCGCUACGGCGCUGGACGGCACAACACUCUUCUGUUGUCCAGAGUGUCAUAUGGCCUAUCCGGAGAAGGAGCUGUUGGAGCAGCAUCUUGUCGGGCACAAGAUCGAGCGGCGGUUUAUCUGCGACAUAUGCGGCGCGGGGCUCAAGCGCAAGGAGCACCUGGAGCGUCAUAAACUCGGGCAUAAUCCCGAACGGCCCUAUGUGUGCAGCGUGUGCACGAAAGGCUUCAAACGGAAAGAGCAUCUGAAUCUACACUAUGUCAUUCACUCCGGGCAAAAGACGGAGGUGUGUCAGGAAUGCGGGAAGGGUUUCUACCGUAAGGAUCACUUGCGGAAACAUGCGCGGUCGCAUGUCACGCGGCGCGCGAAGGAGCAGCAAGCACAGGCGCAGGCGGCGGAAGCGCUUGCGAAGCAACAAGCUCUGGAGAACUCCCAACAUGUCACCAUACAGGUAAAAGUGCCGUCAUCACAGACGCCGAUACACAUACCGGUGCAGAUCCAAGUGCCGCAGCAGCAGCAACAGCAGCAACAACUACAGGUGGCGAACGCCGACGGUGAGAUGAGCCAAGUAAGUACAGUCGUGUUGCCGACGUCGCCGGACACCAUCACCAUAUUGCCCGACUAGAACCAACCCACCAACCGCCCACCACGCACGCAACACACACCAUGCACCACACGUACCUUGCAUUCUCAAGUCUCUGUCAGCAAUCGCAAACUUGUGUUGACCUGUUGUAGUUGAGCGCAGCGGAGGGGCCGGCGCGCGCCAGCUAGCCGCCCGCCCGGCGGGCACGGCGCGUCGCAACGUCACGAUGACACUUUUGUAAAUAGCGCAUAGAUAAUAUUAUAUUUAUACAAACGACGAGUGCGGCGAGAGGACGUCGAUGGCGAUGAGCGCGAACAUGUAAAGAGAGUGUAUAUACCGCGCUGCGAUCGUUUUGAUUUUAACAAACAAAACAGAAAAACAGAAAAACUUAAGUUUAUUAUUCACACGCGCCCCGCAUAGCAAUUGUUUUCGGGGGCGGCGAUUUUCGAAUGAUGAGGAGAGUGGGAGUUGCAUUACUUCACGAUUGCAAGCUGAUUCUAAAUGCGAACCUUUGAGUUUAAUUUACAAGAAGUAGAAAUCGAUAAGGUGCUAUUUCCAAUCUAAACGUAUAAAUAUCUAAGAUUAAAUAUAAAUCGAUGCGCUUGAUGCGGCGGCCAGAGGGCGCUGUUGAUGAUGCACUGCUGCAUCAGACGCGUAGAAAAUAUAUUCGUAUAUUUAACUAGACGAUAGGAAGUAACAUUUAAAUUAAGCAAUUAACGAUUAACGCCGAGGAGGAGGAGAUGUUGCGCAUCAUGAGCAGCAAGCAGCUUGCGGACUUUUCUUCCGGUUUUCCUUCACAUUUCGUUUGAAAUUCUUAACCGGCUUGAAUGAAAUUCAACAUAUUUGUCUCUUUACAACUUGUUAUAUUAUACAUUUGUUAUGCACUGUUUAUAGUAAUAUAUCCUAAUCGUGUGAGGACGAAACCUUUCUGUUUGUAAACUCCGCUGGGCAGCAAUCGACGCCUGUGACAAUUCGAUUGCUAUCGAGUGGAGUGUGAAAAUGUUUUCGAUAUGCAUAUAUGCGUGGUUUCAUAUACGUAAUUCAAGCCGAUUGUAAGCGAAGUGAAAAACGAUAAGCAAUCCGACAGCAGGAGACGCAGAAGAACUCUGCGUGCGCUGAUUUUACCGACAAAGAAUUGAUUAGAUUAGCGUCUGAGUCGUUGGAUUGCGAGCAGCGACGAAAUCAUUGUAUUGUUAAUUAUUAGAUAUGUGAAGUAAACGCAACGCGCGGAGCACAAGCGUAGGAAUCGAGAAAAUAUUUACUUUAUUUUUAUUUUAUACACAUGCAGACAUUACAACGCGAUUACUCUGAAUCAAUUACGGUCGAGAAUGUUUUGAUUUAUUUUAACACAAAAGAUUUUUUACUAGAGUGAUGAGGAGGAGGGGAUUAUUGUUCUUAUAAUCUGAGGUGACUGAGGAGUACUGCCACUGAAAUGUGCUGGCUGGUUUAAUAACAACGGUGCGCCCGAUAAGGAUGAUGAUGAUGAUGAUGAAGAAUGAUCGAAAAAUAUAAACAAACACACUAUUUGGACCAAAUCUAGUACUAAACGGUAUGCGAUGGUACGCGAUAUAUGAAGCUUUGUUGUUUAUGAAAUGAUACGCGAGUCCAGAAGAGCGAGCAGCGACGUGUUGCAUUUGAUCAUGGAAUUUAUCCGGCCCCGCUGGCAGCGGGUGCGCGAAUCACGAGGACACUUCUGGAGUUUCUUUCUGUUUAAGAAUUAAUUCAAUAAUUAAUUAAAGAAUAAUAUAUGUAUGUAGUAGGACAAGCAAAGUACUUUUUUAUACAAUGUUGAACAGGUUAUUUUUCAUUAUUAAAAAGAUUAAAAAAUAAAACAAAAACGUAA